AUGACAAUUAUAUCCCGUCGACGAUCAUCCACGCCACGAAGUCGCAACCACGUAAUGCGGUAUCGAACUAAAGCCGAACGUCGAUUUUAUAGGCUGCUAUCCCACACUAAAUUGUCAUUUGAACGAAAGAAGUUAAGAAGAACUAUCGGCACAAAAUUCCUCGAGUUUCGCUGCCUCGACAUUCCACGACUAAUUGGUGGAUUAAGCAGCCAUAAAAUAUUCGAUGAGACGCAAACCUGCCUGUACGAUUCCGCUUUUAAUGGCUGCGACGAUCUCCGUGGUCGAAUCACGCAAAGGUCAUCCAAGCAAUUAGUAUUACUGGCAUUAUCACAUAUUUCGCAUUACCAGGGUGUAUCCGACACGAAAAUGAUUCGGGCAGGACUGGAUUUUGACGCAAAUGAAAUGGCAUAUGGAACCUCUUGGAUCCAAUUGCGAGCGAUGAAAGUUCGCGAAAGAACAAAGGCUAGGAAGACACUUGUCUUCCAUCUUUGA